GCAGGGUGUGUGUGUGGGUGUGUGAGUGUGUGUGUACGUGCCAUCGUCCUCGUCUCAGUUGCAGUUUAAGCCUGAGUGCUGAUGGGACGCUGGUGCAGUAACUCACUCUCUCGCUCAGUGUGACCUCGACUCCGGCUCAGAAAAUGGUGACUGGAGGAUUUGUGCAGAUGCUCAGGAAGAGAAAGGAGCUCAUCCCUCUGAUCGGCUUCAUGGCGUUUGCGGCGACUGGAGCCACGUCGGCCUGCAUCUACUUCCUGUUCACCAAAACAGAUGUUAUAUUGAACAAAUCCUCAAACCCUGAACCCUGGGAGAAACUCGACCCGACUAAACCACAAAAGCUCAUCACCAUUAAUCAGCAGUGGAAGCCAGUGGAGGAACUGGAGAUUGUGAAGAAACUGACCAAGUAAAAUGAUCAUCUCUUAAAAUGUGUAAACUGUGUGUGUUUGUGUGUAAAGCUGUAUGUAUUUCUAUAACUACUCAUGAUGAAUAAAUAAAUAAAUAAAUAAGCACUGAAUAAAUAAGCAGUGACACGCUGCUGUGUACUGUA